CUGUGCAUCGAAGGAGCUUCCCUCCUCUACCACUCCAAAUUGGACCACUUCGAAAUUUGGAAAACUCAAACAAGAUGCCAAGCGCCAGUAGCACCGAGAGUCAAAACUCACAAGGAAUAGCAGAUCUCCUUUCUGAGGCUCGGCACUUGAUCACAAGAGAACGCACAACCGAGGACGAUAAUCUCCUGCAGAUACAGCAGGUAAUCGAGGCAGCGCAACGAGAACUACGCCGUCUGCGAAUUCAUGAAGAAGUUGAAACUAUUCGCUCUAGGCAGGAGCCAGCAGAGAUUGGAGUUGAUGACACUGAGAGCAGGAGCAGUUCGACCGACGGCGGAGAAGGGUCACCGGACGAUGGGAGUGGAGGGAUUAUCUCGGCGAUGGCCGUUACAGGGCAGAUAAAUAUCAUCCGUCCUGGGCACGAUCCAGAGUCUGGAGGUGAAACGAGGAAUGGAGCCGUUCAGCCAAAUGCUCCUCAAAAUGAGCUUGACCUGUACCUCGGGCACACAACUGCUUGGGCAAUGGCAGGCCUUGGGGAGGUAUUGCAACAACUACCUGGACAUGGAGAUAAUUGGGGAGCAGCGGAGCCCGGAUUUGGGAUGCCCCUAAUUCUGAGGGAAAGUAACAGAUCGGAGGAAAGGGUGCCAAAUAACGAUACGAUAGAAAACGGUCUCAGGUCGAACAAUGAUGGAGUAAGACCCACAGACGAGCGGGAUUUCGGUAUGGAGGUGACGAGACGAGAAGUUGGGAAUACUGUCGAGGAUUCUCCCUCAACAGAAGGAGUUUCUGUCGAUCGGCCAGGCAAUUCCCUGAUAUACACGGACUUGAGUCGUCUACGCCGAGAACAGUCAUUCAUGAACUUCACAGACAGGCGUGUAGGACGCGCAACAUCGUCCAACGCUCUAGAUCCCGGGAACAUCCUCGACCGACCGCCCGGAGACGGAGACUCGUGGGUUAUAAGGCCAACUCCUGCUGCUCAGCAGACCGCGGUUGCAGAGAACGAGGAAGAGUCAAGUGAAAUGUCCGAGGAAGACCUAGGUGAGCUUACGCCCCUUCCAAGUCCACCGCAACCUGCACCAGUGAGCCAGAACCGUGAGACCACAUCCUUUAGCUCCACUGGGGCUACGGCUGGUACUGGAGGUGUACCGGAAAAAGCAAAAGAGAAACCGACGAAAGAACCAAGGUCGCCGUUUACAAAAGAGAGACGAGCGGGGUUAAUGGCUGCGAUGAGUGCAGAUAUUACAAGGUAUUCGCAGGAAAGGGAAUGGGCAUUCUAUCAAGACAACGGGUAUUGCCUUUUACCAAGAACCAAUUCUCCAGAGCCAAUCCAGGACAAUGCAGUUGCGGAUCGAAGCACGAAUAGGCAACCUGGGAUUGACGGAGAACCGGAGCUUCGACGGAGGUUUCGUAGCUUGCAGGAGGCCCGACGUGCUCGUGAGGAAGCGCUUCGUGCUCGCUUUCCUCGCAGGGCCAACAAUAGAGCAACACGGCCAGCUCAACUGCCCCAGCAAAGGCAGUCGAGGAAUGUUCGUGACCUCACAGAAAGUUUCUUGCAACAUAUGCUAAGUCGACCUUGGGCUACUAGAACAGGGGAGCGAAGAGAGCGAUUUGACGAACGAUUCGUACGACCCGAAGUUGCGAGGUACAGAUACUCUUUGUUGCUAGAUGAGUCUACAGAACUUGAAGCCGCUCGAGUAGAGUUCAAUCAGUCGAUGGUUGAAUUGACGGACCAAAGCGAAGGUGAACUUAUGUGGCUUGGUGGUGGAGGCGCAGAUAUCACUCCGGUUAGAGGACAGCCGCCGAUCCCAAGGUUGAUGCUGCUUGCUGAGCGAGAUGGCUUGGAUAUUAGAGAAGGCAUCCUUAUCAUAUGGCUUUGGACCAGGUGGUCGUCGAAUAUGUUCGCAUGGGAUCGAAGGGAUGUCGAAGGUUCAACCACUCGGUGGCUUUACCAAAUAUGCGAGAGGGAUCAUUCUCAAUUCCUCGCCAAGAAAGGGCCAGAUUCGUAG